AUGGACGACUUGCGGGUGCUGUGGAUGCGCGACCGCGUAUACACGGCUUUCGGCCUCACAGACCCCCAGCUCUUUGAGGACCUGAUGACCCGCAACGACGGUGAGGCUGAGGACCUCAUACUGCACUUCCUCAACCAGGCCAGCGAAGAGGAGGCCGCCGCCACGCUCUUCUUCUACCGCAAGAUGGUGCCCGAGGAGGUGGAGGUGGAGGUGGAGAUCGACGGCGACGUUCCUGCCCCGUCUGAGGAGGAAAAUGAGGAAGAGGAGGCCGAGGCCCAGCAAGUCGGGGUCAUUGAUAAAACGUCAGCCCGUCGCCUGGAGCUCAGAACACCCGUUCUUGCCCGGGCAGCGUCUCAGGCAGGUGCAGAAGUGGAUAAAGAGAAUUUGGAAAACUUUCCUGCCAAGAGAAUUGUCACACAAGUUGUGGAAAAGAUGUAUCUCCACGUCCUGUGUGCUCCUGUUCCCGAGGAGUUUCUGGACCAGAAUGUGGUGUUUUUUCUGAGAAAUACGAAAGAGGCGAUCUUGGAAGCCGUGGACAUGAAGGAGGCCAUGGAGACCAUGCCCGAGGCCAUGGAGUACGGGGUCAUCAACGCGAACGUGCUUCCUCUCCUGAGAGACGUCAUAUGCCAGGUGUUCUUGCCAGCGCUGUCCUUCAAUCAGCACAAGGAGGCAGCCACAGGGUCCGCUCCCGGGGACGUCGCCGACCGCCUGGAGCGCGAAGUGGACCUGCCCAGUGUGCCGGGGGAGGCGGUGGAGUACCACAGCAUUCAGUUGAUACGGGACGAGUUUCUGAUGAACGUCCAGAAGUUCGCAAACAGCAUACAGAGAACGAUGCAGCAGCUCGAAGGUGAGAUCAAGCUGGAAAUGCCCAGCAUCAGCGUGGAGGGACCGGUGUCCGCCCUGGCGGCCGACCUGGAAACCGUGGAGGCCUUGGAGCAGACCGUGAUCAGCUGGCUGAACCAGAUAUCUGCGGCCGUGGAGGGCCAGCUGAAGAAGACGCCCCAGGGUAACGGUCCUCUGGCCGAAAUCGAGUUCUGGAGGGAGAGGAACGCCACUCUCAGCGCACUCCACGAACAGACGAAGCUGCCCAUGGUCAGGAAAGUCUUGGACGUGAUCCGGGAGGCAGACUCCAUGAUCGUGGCCAACCUGCAGCCGGUCUUCACAGAGCUGUUCAAGCUGCACACGGAGGCCUCGGACAACGUGCGGUUCCUCUCCACCGUGGAGCGCCACUUCAAGAACCUCACGCACGGGUCCAGCUUCCCCGUCAUCCUGGACACCAUCCCGUCCAUGAUGAGCGCGCUGCGGAUGGUGUGGACCAUCUCCCGGCACUACAACAAGGACGAGAGGAUGAUCCCGCUCAUGGAGCGCAUCGCCUGGGAGAUCGCCGAGCGGGUCUGCCGAGUGGUCAACCUGCGGACCCUGUUCAAGGAAAACCGAGCGAGCGCACAGCACAAAGUCUCGGAGGCCAAGAAGACCCUAGUCAUGUGGAAGAAGGCCUAUUUUGAGACCAGGGCUAAGAUCGAGGCUUCCGGGAGAGAGGCCCGGUGGGAGUUCGACCGGAAGCGGCUGUUUGAGCGGACGGACUACAUGGCCAGCAUCUGCCAGGACCUCGCCAACAUUCUGCAGGUGAUGGAGGAAUUUUACAACAUAUUUGGGCCAGAACUCAAGGCCGUGACGGGGGAUCCCAAGCGCAUCGACGACGUCCUGUGCAGGGUGGACAGCCUGGUCACGCCCAUGGAAGUCCUGACCUUUGACCCCUUCAGCAUCAAGUCCUCGCAGUACUGGAAGUACGUGAUGGACGACUUCAAGGUGGAAGUCCUGGUUAUUGAGAAAGAAGCAAAAAAUUUUAUUGAUGAAUCUUUUAAGACACUUCGAUCAGCUGAGGCAGCAUUUGACAUGCUUUUAAAGUUUAAGCACAUUCGUUCCCGGGAGGCUAUUAAUCGACAGAUGAUGAUGAAGUUCAAUGACAUUCUUGCCCAGUACUGCAAAGAGAUCGACACCGUCAAUAAAAUCUUCACGGAGAACCUCGACAACCCGCCGCUGUACAAGAACCACCCCCCCGUUGCCGGGGCGAUCUACUGGGAGCGGUCCCUGUUCUUCCGCAUCAAGCACACCAUCCUCCGGUUUCAGGAGGUGGCGGAGAUCCUGGACAGCGACCGGGGACGAGAGGUAAAACAGAAGUAUCUGGAGGUGGGCAGGACGAUGAAGAGCUACGAGGACCGAAAGUACGAGCAGUGGAGAGAUGCCACCGAGCAGCUGCUGCCGGCCCUCAUGAAGAAGAGCCUGCUCACAAAGGUCUCUGAUGACGCCGUGAGCUCCGACAAGAGCGCGGCUUUCGCAAUCAAUUUCCCCACCGCUCUCAGGGAGAUUAUUAAUGAAACAAAGUACUUGGAACAGCUGGGGUUUCCUGUCCCCGAAUUAGCAAGGAAUGUCGCCCUCCAGGAGGACAAGUUUCUUAGGUACACGGAGGGGAUACAGCGCAUGCUGGACCACUACCACGAGCUCGUGGGCACGCUGACCGAGGCCGAGGCCGUGCUCCUCGACGAGCACUCCCAGGAGCUGGUGCGCGUCUUCAGGUCGGGGUACAAGCGCCUGAACUGGAACUCGCUAGGCAUCGCUGACUACAUAGCCCGGUGCAGACAGGCCAUUGGGAAGUUCGAGUCCCUCGUCCACCAGAUUCAGAAGAACGCGGAUGACAUUUCUUCCAGGCUGACGUUGAUAGAGUCCAUAAAUCUCUUCAAGUAUCCAGCCCCGAAAAGUGGGGAAGAGCUCCCAGGCGUGAAGGAGUUCUUCGAGCACAUUGACCGAGAAAGGGCCAAAGACGUGGACUACAUGGUCAGGUGGUACCUGGCCAUCGGGCCUCUGCUGACCAAAGUCGAGGGCCUGGUCGUCCAGACCAACACGGGCAAGGCCCCCAAGCUGGCCUCCUACUACGAGCACUGGGAGAAGAGACUGUACGAGGCCUUGACCCGGCUCAUCCUGAAGAACCUGCAAUCUUUUAACUCCUUGAUCCUGGGGAACGUCCCUGUGUUCCAAACGGAAACCAUCCUGACCGCGCCGGAGAUCAUCCUCCACCCCAGUUCAAACGAGAUCAACAAGAUGUGUGUCCACUGCGUCCGGAAUUGCGUGGAGGUCACCAAGAAUUUUGUUCGGUGGAUGCAUGGCAGCUGCAUAGAGUGCCCCCCUCAGAAGGGCGAGGAGGAGGAAGUUGUGAUCAUCAGCUUCUACAGCGACAUCUCCCUGAACCCUCAGAUCAUCGAACAAGCUGUUAUGAUCCCCCAGAACGUCCACAGGAUUCUUAUCAAUCUCAUGAAGUACCUACAGAAAUGGAAGAAGUAUCGCCCCCUUUGGAAACUGGACAAAGCCAUCGUGAUGGAGAAAUUUGCCGCCAAGAGGCCCCCUUGCACGGCGUACGACGAGAAGCUGCAGUUCUACUCCAAGAUCUCCUACGAGGUCGCGCGCAACUCGCUGACGAAGGACGAGCACUGCGUCCGGCUGCAGCUCGGGCCCCUGGCCAGCACGGUGCAGGAGAGCGCCCGGUCCUGGGUGGUCUCGCUGGGCAAGCUGCUCGGCGAGUCGGCCAAGGAGGAGCUGUACAGCCUGCACGAGGAGAUGGAGAACCUGGGUAAAAGCUUGAAGAAGAGCCCCAGCACCCUCGAAGACCUCAAGUUUGUCCUGGCGACAAUCGCAGAGAUCAGGAGCAAGUCCUUGCUCAUGGAGCUCAGAUACAGGGACGUCCAGGAGCGGUACCGCACCCUGGCGGCGUACAACCUCCACCCCUCCGAUGCAGAGAAGACACUGGUGGACAACGUUGAGACUAUGUGGCUAAAUCUGUUCAGCGAUUCGGUGAACGUGGAGCACGCGCUGGGUGGCAUAAAGAAAACUUUCACAGAGAUUACUCGAGGAGAAAUAUCAGGCUACAGGCAGCAGAUAGAGGAUUUUGCAAAACGUUUUUAUUGCGAAGGCCCUGGUUCUGUUGGGGAAGAUCUUGACAGUGGAGUAGACCUUUUAGCCGUUUUUGAAAGAGAGCUGGUACAGCAUGAAAAGAAACGCCAGGAGCUGGCUAACGCUGAGAAACUUUUCGACCUUCCGAUUACAAUGUACCCCGAGCUGCUCAAGGUGCAGAAGGAGAUGAGCGGGCUGAAGGUGGUGUACGAGCUCUACCGGGGGCUGAAGCUUGCCAAAGAAGAGUGGGCGCAGACGCUCUGGGUCAACCUGAACGUUCAGUUUCUCCAGGACGGGAUCGAAGGUUUCCUCAGGUCCCUCAGGAAGCUGCCCCGGCAGGUCCGGAACUUGUCAGUGGCCUACUAUUUGGAAGCAAAAAUGAAGGCAUUCAAAGACUCGAUUCCUCUCCUUCUCGACCUGAAGCACGAGGCACUCAGGGACAGGCACUGGAACGAGCUCAUGGAGAAGACCGGCGUGUUCUUCGAGAUGACAGAGACGUUCACCUUGGAAAACAUGUUUGCCAUGGAGCUUCACCGGCACACCGAUGUCCUCAACGACAUCGUCAUGGCUGCCGUCAAGGAGAUCGCCAUCGAGAAGGCCGUGAAGGAAAUCCUGGACACGUGGGAGAACCUGAAGUUCUCCGUGGUCAAGUACUGCAAGGGCACCCAGGAGCGGGGCUACAUCCUGGGCUCUGUCGACGAGAUCAUCCAGUGCCUCGACGACAACACCUUCAACCUGCAGAGCAUCUCGGGGAGCCGGUUUGUGGGGCCUUUUCUGCAGACAGUUCACAAGUGGGAGAAGACGCUCUCCCUCAUCGGCGAAGUCAUCGAGAUCUGGAUGCUGGUGCAGAGGAAGUGGAUGUACCUGGAGAGCAUUUUCAUCGGGGGGGACAUCCGGUCGCAGCUCCCAGAGGAGGCGAAGAAGUUCGACAACAUCGACCGGAUUUUUAAAAGGAUCAUGGGCGAGACCUUGAAAGACCCUGUGAUCAAGAGGUGCUGCGAGGCCCCAAACCGCCUGAAGGACCUGCAUCUCAUCAGCGACGGCCUGGAGAAGUGCCAGAAGAGCCUGAACGACUACCUGGACUCCAAGAGGAACGCCUUCCCCCGGUUCUUCUUCAUCUCCGACGACGAGCUGCUCAGCAUCCUGGGGAGCAGCGACCCGCUGUGUGUCCAGGAGCACAUGAUCAAGAUGUACGACAACAUCGCGUCGCUGCGGUUCAGCGAUGGGGAGGGCGGAGAAAAGCUGGUGUCCGCCAUGGUUUCGGCCGAAGGGGAGGUCAUGGAGUUCCGCAAGAUCGUGCGGGCCGAGGGGCGCGUGGAGGACUGGAUGACAGCAGUUCUGAAGGAGAUGCGCAGGUCGAACCGGCUCAUCACCAAGGAGGCCAUCUUUAGGUACUGCGAAGACAGAAGCAGAGUCGACUGGAUGCUCCUCUACCAAGGGAUGGUGGUGCUGGCCGCCAGCCAGGUGUGGUGGACCUGGGAGGUGGAGGACGUCUUCCGCAAGGUGAAGGAGGGCGAGAAGCAGGCCAUGAAGAGCUACGGCAGGAAGAUGCACCGGCAGAUCGACGAGCUGGUCUCGCGGAUCACCAAGCCCUUGAGCAAAAACGACCGGAAGAAAUACAACACUGUUCUCAUCAUCGACGUGCACGCCAGGGACAUAGUGGACUCGUUCAUCAGGGGCAGCAUCCUCGAGGCCCGGGAGUUCGAGUGGGAGAGCCAGCUGCGCUUCUACUGGGACCGGGAGCCCGACGACCUGCACGUCCGCCAGUGCACCGGCACCUUCAGCUACGGCUACGAGUACAUGGGCCUGAACGGGCGGCUGGUCAUCACGCCCCUCACCGACCGCAUCUACCUGACUCUGACGCAGGCGCUGUCCAUGUACCUGGGUGGGGCCCCUGCGGGCCCAGCGGGCACCGGCAAGACCGAGACCACCAAGGAUCUGGCCAAAGCCCUGGGCUUGCUCUGUGUCGUGACCAACUGCGGCGAAGGCAUGGAUUACAAAGCCGUGGGGAAGAUUUUCUCCGGCCUCGCACAGUGCGGGGCCUGGGGCUGCUUCGACGAGUUUAACCGGAUCGACGCCUCGGUGCUCUCGGUCAUCUCGUCCCAGAUCCAGACCAUCCGCAACGCCCUGAUCCACCAGCUCGCCACGUUCCAGUUUGAAGGGCAGGAGAUCUCGCUGGACGCGCGCAUGGGCAUCUUCAUCACCAUGAACCCCGGCUACGCGGGCCGCACGGAGCUGCCCGAGUCGGUGAAGGCGCUCUUCCGGCCGGUGGUGGUGAUCGUGCCGGACAUGAGGCAGAUCUGCGAGAUCAUGCUCUUCUCCGAGGGCUUCCUGCAGGCCAAGAUGCUGGCCAAGAAGAUGACGGUUCUGUACAAGCUGGCGCGGGAGCAGCUCUCCAAGCAGCACCACUACGACUUCGGGCUCCGGGCCCUGAAGUCGGUGCUGGUCAUGGCGGGGGAGCUGAAGAGGGGCUCCUUGGAGCUCAAGGAGGACGUGGUGCUGAUGAGGGCGCUCCGAGACAUGAACCUGCCCAAGUUCGUCUUCGAAGACGUGCCUCUUUUCCUGGGUUUGAUCUCUGACCUGUUUCCCGGGCUUGACUGCCCGCGGGUCCGGUACCCCAACUUCAACGACGCCGUCGAGCAGGUGCUCGAGGAGAACGGCUUCAUCAUCCUGCCUGUCCAGGUGGAUAAAGUCGUUCAGAUGUACGAGACCAUGCUGACCCGCCACACGACCAUGGUGGUGGGGCCCACGGGCGGGGGCAAGUCCGUGGUCAUUAACGCUCUGUGCCAGGCCCAGACCAAGCUUGGGCUGACCACAAAGCUCUACAUCCUGAACCCCAAAGCCGUGAGUGUCAUCGAGCUCUACGGCAUCCUGGACCCCACCACGCGAGACUGGACGGACGGGGUGCUGUCCAACAUCUUCAGGGAGAUCAACAAGCCGACAGAUAAGAAGGAGCGGAAGUACAUCCUGUUCGACGGCGACGUGGACGCGCUGUGGGUGGAGAACAUGAACUCCGUGAUGGACGACAACAAGCUGCUGACCCUGGCCAACGGCGAGCGCAUCCGGCUGCAGGCACACUGUGCUCUGCUCUUUGAGGUCGGAGACUUGCAGUACGCCUCCCCCGCCACCGUGUCUCGAUGCGGGAUGGUUUACGUGGACCCUAAAAACCUGAAGUACCAGCCGUACUGGAAGAAGUGGGUCAACCAAAUACAAAACAAGGCGGACCAGAGCUGCUUGCAGAAUCUCUUUGAGAAGUAUGUGCCCGUUCUCAUUGACAUGAUCGUGGAGGGCCUGGUGGACGGAAGGCAGGGAGAAAAGCUGAAGAUGAUAGUUCCUCAGACAGACCUGAACAUGGUGACCCAGCUGACCCGGGUGCUGGACGCCCUCCUGGAAGGAGAGACAGAGGACCCCGACCUCCUGGAGUGCUACUUCCUGGAGGCGCUGUGCUGCUCCCUGGGCGCGGCCCUGCUGGACGACGGCCGGGCCCGGUUCGACGAGUGUGUCAAACGUCUCGCCUCUCUGCCGUCCGCCGAUGCCGACGGGGUUUGGGCCAAACCCGGGGAACUGCCAGGCCAGCUCCCGACCUUGUACGACUUCCACUUUGACCCCGACCAGAGGAGAUGGAUCCCGUGGAACGCUUUAGUGCCCGCGUAUGUUCACUCCCGUGAGAAGAAGUUCAUUGACAUCCUGGUUCACACGGUGGACACCACCCGCCUCACCUGGGUGCUGCAGCAGAUGGUGAAGAUCAAGCAGCCCGUGCUGCUGGUCGGGGAGUCCGGCACCUCGAAGACGGCCACCACGCAGAACUUCCUCAAAAACCUCAACGAGGAGACCAACAUCGUGUUGAUGGUCAGCUUCUCCUCCCGCACCACGUCCCUGGAUAUCCAGAGAAAUCUGGAGACAAAUGUGGAAAAACGAACCAAAGACACUUACGGGCCCCCCAUGGGAAAACGCCUCCUGGUGUUCAUGGACGACAUGAACAUGCCCAAGGUGGACGAAUACGGCACGCAGCAGCCCAUCGCCUUGCUGAAGCUGCUGUUGGAGAAAGGCUACUUGUACGACCGCGGGAAGGAGCUGAACUGUAAAAGCAUUCGAGACCUUGGCUUUCUGGCUGCGAUGGGAAAAGCCGGGGGCGGCCGCAACGAGGUGGACCUGAGGUUUAUUUCGCUGUUCAGUGUCUUCCACGUUCCGUUUCCUUCGGAGGAGUCUCUGCAUUUGAUUUACUUCUCCAUCCUGAAAGGCCACACCUCGGUGUUCCACGAGAGCAUCGUGGCCGUGAGCGACCAGCUGACACGCUGCACCUUGGCACUGUACACAAGCAUCGUGCAGGACCUGCCUCCCACCCCGUCCAAGUUCCACUACAUCUUCAACCUGCGCGACCUCUCACGGGUCUUUCACGGGCUGGUCCUCACCAACCCCGAGCGGUUCCAGACGGUGACGCAGAUGGUGAGGGUCUGGAGGAACGAGUGUCUGCGGGUCUUCCACGACCGAUUAAUCAACGAAACGGACAAGCAGCUGGUGCAAGAGCUCAUUGGGGACCUGGUCACGGAGCACUUCCACGACGACGUGGAGGUGGUGAUGAGGGACCCGAUCCUGUUCGGGGACUUCCGGAUGGCGCUGCACGACGAGGAGACGCGCGUCUACGAAGACAUCCAGGACUACGAGGCGGCCAAGGCUUUGUUCCAGGAAAUCCUCGAGGAGUACAACGAAAGCAACACCAGGAUGAACCUGGUCCUCUUUGACGACGCUCUGGAGCACCUGACGCGCGUGCACCGCAUCAUUCGCAUGGACCGCGGCCACGCCCUGCUGGUGGGCGUCGGGGGCUCCGGGAAGCAGUCUCUGGCCAGGCUGGCUGCUUUCACAGCUGGCUAUGAGGUGUUUGAGAUCCUCCUGAGCCGAGGCUACUCCGAGAACAACUUCCGGGAGGACCUGAAGAGCCUCUACCUGAAGCUUGGCAUCGAGAACAAAAUGAUGAUCUUCCUGUUCACGGACGCCCACGUGGCCGAGGAGGGCUUCCUGGAGCUCAUCAACAACAUGCUGACCUCAGGAAUGGUGCCUGCGCUGUUCGCAGAGGAGGAGAAGGAGUCCAUCCUCGGUCAGGUCGGACAAGAGGCUCUGAAGCAGGGGCUGGGCCUGGCCAAGGAGUCUGUGUGGCAGUACUUCGUGAGCAAGAGCGCCAACAACCUGCACAUCGUCCUGGGCAUGUCGCCUGUGGGAGACACCCUGAGGACCUGGUGCAGGAAUUUCCCAGGUCUGGUGAAUAACACCGGCAUCGACUGGUUCAUGCCCUGGCCCCCCCAGGCCCUGCAUGCUGUCGCCAAGUCGUUUUUAGGCAACAAUCUGAUGAUCCCGGCGGAAAAUCUAGAGGACCUGGUGGACCACGUGGUUUUGGUCCACGAAUCCGUGGGCGAGUUCAGCAAACAGUUCCUGCAGAAGCUGAGGCGCAGCAACUACGUGACUCCCAAGAAUUACCUCGACUUUAUCAACACGUACUCGAAAUUGCUGGAUGAGAAAACGCAGUACAACAUAGCUCAGUGCAAGCGUCUGGAGGGGGGGCUGGACAAGCUGAAGGAGGCCACCAUCCAGCUGGACGAGCUGAACCGGAAGCUGGCGGAGCAGAAGAUCGUGCUGGCCGAGAAGUCUGCCGCCUGUGAGACCCUGCUGGACGAGAUCGCCACCAACACGGCCACAGCGGAGGAGAAGAAGAAGCUGGCGGAGGAGAAGGCCAUAGACAUCGAGGAGCAGAACAAGAUCAUCGCCGUGGAGAAGGCCGAGGCCGAGACGGCCCUUGCCGAGGUCAUGCCCAUCCUGGAGGCCGCCAAGCUGGAGCUGCAGAAGCUGGACAAGUCGGAUGUGACCGAGAUCAGGUCCUUCGCCAAGCCCCCGAAGCAGGUGCAGACGGUGUGCGAGUGCAUCCUCAUCAUGAAGGGCUACAAGGAGCUCAACUGGAAGACCGCCAAGGGCAUGAUGUCUGACCCGAACUUCCUGCGGUCGCUGAUGGAGAUCGACUUUGACUCGAUCACCCAGGGCCAGGUUAAAAAUAUCAGAAGUCUCCUGAAGAACCUCAACACCACGACCGAGGAGAUGGAAGCCGUGAGCAAGGCGGGCCUGGGCAUGCUGAAGUUCGUCGAGGCCGUGAUGGGCUACUGCGACGUGUUCAAGGAGAUCAAGCCCAAGAGAGAGAAGGUGGCCAGGCUGGAGCGGACCUUCUACCUCACGAAGCGCGAGCUGGACAAGAUCCAGAACGAGCUGGCGGCGAUCCAGAGGGAGCUGGAAGCGCUGGGGGCCAAGUACGAGGCGGCCAUCCUGGAGAAGCAGAAGCUUCAGGAAGAGGCCGAAAUCAUGGAGCGGCGGCUGAUCGCGGCCGACAAGCUCAUCUCUGGCCUGGGCUCUGAGAACGUCAGGUGGCUGAAGGACCUGGGCGAGCUGAUGCACCGGCGGGUGAAGCUGCUGGGGGACUGCCUGCUCUGCGCGGCGUUCCUGAGCUACCAGGGCGCCUUCACCUGGGACUUCCGCAGCGAGAUGGUCCGGGAGGUCUGGCAGAAGGACAUCCUGGAGCGGGAGAUCCCCCUGAGCCUGCCUUUUCGGCUGGAGAGCCUGCUCACGGACGACGUGGAGGUCAGCAGGUGGGGCUCCCAGGGACUGCCCCCCGAUGAGCUCUCCAUUCAGAACGGCAUCCUCACCACCCGGGCCAGCCGCUUCCCGCUGUGCAUCGACCCGCAGCAGCAGGCCCUCAGCUGGAUCAAGAGGAAGGAGGAGAAAAACAACCUGCGGGUUGCUUCCUUCAACGACCCCGACUUCCUCAAGCAGCUGGAGAUGUCCAUCAAGUACGGGACGCCCUUCCUGUUCCACGACGUGGACGAGUACAUCGACCCCGUGAUCGACAACGUCCUGGAGAAGAACAUCAAGGUCUCCCAGGGGCGGCAGUUCAUCAUCCUGGGCGACAAGGAGGUGGACUACGACUCCAACUUCCGACUCUACCUGACCACCAAGCUGGCCAACCCCCGAUACACGCCGUCCGUGUUCGGGAAGGCCAUGGUCAUCAACUACACCGUCACGCUGAAGGGCCUGGAGGACCAGCUGCUGAGCGUGCUGGUGGCCUUCGAGCGGCACGAGCUGGAGGAGCAGCGGGAGCACCUCAUCCAGGAGACGAGCGAGAACAAGAACCUGCUGAAGGAUCUGGAGGACUCGCUCCUUCGCGAGCUGGCCACCUCCACGGGGAACAUGCUGGACAACGUGGAGCUGGUGCAGACCCUGGAGGAGACCAAGUCCAAGGCCACAGAGGUGUCAGAGAAGCUCAAGCUGGCGGAGAAGACUGCCCUGGACAUCGACAGGCUGCGGGACGGCUACCGGCCGGCCGCGCGGCGGGGCGCCGUCCUGUUCUUCGUGCUGUCGGAGAUGGCCCUGGUGAACGCCAUGUACCAGUACUCCCUGAGCGCCUUCCUGGAGGUGUUCGGGCUGUCGCUGAAGAAGUCGCUGCCGGACUCCAUCCUCAUUAAGCGGCUGAAGAACAUAAUGGACACGCUGACCUUCAACAUCUAUAACUACGGCUGCACGGGGUUGUUUGAGAGACACAAGUUACUCUUUUCUUUCAAUAUGACGAUCAAGAUAGAGCAAGGAGAAGGGCGAGUCCCCCAGGAGGAAUUAGAUUUCUUCUUAAAAGGAAACAUCUCCCUGGAGAGGAGCCGGCGGAAGAAGCCCUGCACGUGGCUGUCCGACCAGGGCUGGGAGGACAUCAUGCUCCUGUCGGAGGCGUUCGCAGACCGCUUCGGGCGCCUGCCCGAGGACAUCGAGAAGCACCCCACCAUCUGGCAGGAGUGGUACGACCUGGACUCGCUGGAGCAGUUUCCCUUCCCCCUGGGCUACGACCGCAACAUCACCGCCUUCCAGAAGCUGCUGAUCCUGCGCUGUUUCCGCGUGGACCGGGUCUACCGGGCGGUGACCGACUACGUGACUGUGACGAUGGGCGAGAAGUACGUGCAGCCCCCGAUGAUCAGCUUCGAGGCCAUCUUCGAGCAGAGCACCCCCAACUCGCCCAUCGUGUUCAUCCUGAGCCCCGGCUCCGACCCCGCCAGCGACCUCAUGAAGCUCGCUGAGCGCAGUGGGUUUGGGGGAAACCGCCUCAAGUUCCUCGCCAUGGGCCAAGGCCAAGAUAAGCUGGCUCUGCAGCUGCUGGAGACGGCGGUGGGUCGCGGGCAGUGGCUGAUGCUGCAGAACUGCCACCUCCUGGUCAAGUGGCUGAAGGAUCUGGAGAAGUCCCUGGAGCGGAUCACCAAGCCCCACCCGGACUUCCGCCUGUGGCUGACCACGGACCCCACCAAGGGCUUCCCCAUCGGGAUUCUGCAGAAGUCCUUGAAGGUUGUCACGGAGGCACCCAACGGGCUGAAGCUCAACAUGAGGGCGACCUACUUUAAGAUCUCCCAGGAGACCCUGGAUGAGUGCCCUCACCCCGCGUUCAAGCCCCUGGUCUAUGUGCUGGCGUUCUUCCACGCCGUGGUGCAGGAGAGAAGGAAGUUCGGGAAGAUCGGCUGGAACGUGUACUACGACUUCAACGAGUCCGACUUCCAGGUCUGCAUGGAGAUUCUGAACACGUACCUGACGAAAGCCUUCCAGCAGCGUGACCCCCGGAUCCCCUGGGGCAGCCUCAAGUACCUCAUCGGAGAGGUCAUGUACGGGGGGCGGGCCAUCGACAGCUUCGACCGGCGCAUCCUGACCAUCUACAUGGACGAGUACCUGGGGGACUUCCUCUUCGACACUUUCCAGCCGUUCCACUUCUUCCGGAACAGGGAAGUGGACUACAAGAUCCCCGCUGGCGACAUGAAGGAGAGAUUCGUCGAGGCCAUCGAGGCCCUGCCGCUGGCCAACACGCCGGAGGUGUUCGGGCUCCACUCCAACGCGGAGAUCGGCUACUACACGCAGGCCGCCCGUGACAUGUGGGCGCACCUGCUGGAGCUGCAGCCACAGACAGGGGAAUCGAGCAGUGGCGUCAGCCGAGAAGACUACAUCGGCCUCGUGGCCAAGGACAUAGAGAACAAGAUGCCCAAGGUCUUCAACCUGGACCAGGUCAGGAAGCACCUGGGCACGGGGAUCUCCCCCACGUCGGUGGUGCUCCUGCAGGAGCUGGAGCGCUUCAACAAGCUCGUCCUGCGCAUGUCCCGGUCCCUGGCCGAGCUGCAGAGGGCCCUGGCCGGAGAGGUGGGCAUGAGCAGCGAGCUGGACGACGUCGCCAGGUCCCUGUUCAUCGGGCAGAUCCCCAACAUCUGGAGAAAGCUCGCCCCGGACACCCUCAAGUCCCUCGGCAACUGGAUCCUCUACUUCCUGCAGCGGUUCAGCCAGUACACGUCGUGGGUCACCGAGGGUGAGCCCGGCGUGAUGUGGCUCUCGGGGCUGCACAUCCCCGAGUCCUACCUCACGGCCCUGGUGCAGGCCACCUGCCGGAGGAACGGCUGGCCCCUGGACCGCUCCACCUUGUUCACGCAAGUGACCAAGUUCCAAGACGCGGAUGAAGUGAACGAGCGGGCAGGGCAAGGCUGCUUCGUGUCGGGGCUGUACCUGGAAGGCGCUGACUGGGACACAGACCGAGGCUGCCUCGUCAAGAGCAAGCCCAAGGUGCUGGUUGUCAACCUGCCGAUUCUGAAGGUCAUCCCCAUCGAAGCCCACCGCCUCAAACUGCAGAACACCUUCCGGACGCCCGUCUACACCACCUCCACCAGAAGGAACGCCAUGGGGGUCGGCCUGGUCUUCGAGGCCGACCUCUUCACCACGAAGCACAUCUCUCACUGGGUGCUGCAGGGGGUGUGCCUCACCCUCAACUCGGACUGACCCUCGGGCGA